AUGGUAUUCUAUAAUAGCGCCUUUCAAACUUCUACUAACGAAAAAUUAACAAAGACUGCUGCGCUUACCAAUGACACAGUGACGACAUCUGCGCCUGGAAAGGAAACAGCUAAGCUAUCUGCUAGCCUUGUUAAGUUCAUGGAACGAAGCGCUUUCCCAUCAAGGAUCCUCACAGAUCAGGAAUUUGAUGACAAAAUGACAGAACUUCGCACUCUUGCAGGAAAAGUUGACCGAAAAAAGCUGAUUACACUAUACGGUGAAAAGAUGCUGACUAAUUACUGUGAGGCCUGCUCUGUGAAAUGUCAUGGCCCCACUACUAUGCUAGACCACUUUGUCUCAAGAUAUCAUUGCGACAUGAUGCAAAAUUGUGCUCUGAUGCCUGCGAAACUGUCAAAGGUGCCUUUUCGGCUAUGUGAAGAGCGGAAUGGGUUUUCGGUCGCUUUGUUCAUUUGA